AGUCGUAAAUCGUAAAGUGAAUACACAAAAUGCACUUAAUCAUCAUACUUGUCGUAUUUGGCACAUUAUAUGGAACGAUUAAAGCUGAGAACGUAAAGGAACUGCAGGCGAAAUUGGACACGCUGGACAAAGAGAAUGCAGAACUGAAGGCAGAGCAGGAGAAGCUCCAACAUCAAGUAGACGAAUAUGACAAAAAGCAGAAAGAAAUCGCAGAUCUAGAAAAAGAGCUGGACGUUUGUCAGCCUAGUAGCAGAGCAGAUGCAGCGAGUGCACAGAAUGGCAAUGCCACGAUGAACAGCGUUGUUCUGCCCAAGUUCUUCAAUAAAAACCGUAAAAAGUUUCGAACGGCAGAGGGUCGCAGACAUCUGGUUAAUUGCCUCAUCAACCUAUCCACUCCGUCAAGAUAUAGCUGUGUGCCGUACAUGCACUUUACGGGCGCCCAGGCUAUAACGAUGCCCGGCGAAGAUCCAAUUUACGUUAGGUGCGAUGGCCAAACAGCUGGUUCCGGCUGGCUGAUCAUUCAGCGCCGUGUUUAUGGGACCGAAGACUUCUAUAGGCCUUGGGAAGAGUAUCGACGUGGUUUCGGAAAGAUGCUUGAAGACUCCUUUCUGGGAUUGGAAAAUAUCUAUAAACUAACCAACUAUCAGAGAUUCGAGCUGUUUGUGAAAACCGUGAGCUUUGCAGGUAAAGUUAACUGGGCCCGUUACAGCGAUUUUCUCAUCGGCAGCGAGGAUGAGUCCUAUGUGCUGAAGAGCGUUGGCGAGUUUUCGGGCACUGAAGAUGUUCUAUCGAGAAAUGUGAACAGUAAGUUCUCCACCUACGACAGAGAGAGCAGCCCCCGCAAUCUAUCGCAAAAGUAUCACGGCGGCUAUUGGUAUAUCGAAAAUGGUUUGCAAAGCAGCAAUCCCAAUGGUAAAUACUUAAAGCAUCCGUACCAUUACUCGUAUGGCAUGCAUUGGGCAACAACAGAGAGCGAGAAAUCCGUCAAAAUGAUGAUUCGUCCAGUACUGGGAUGAGACUCUCAUUGAUUUGGCAAAGUCGUAAAAGAAACUCUUACAAAAAUAAUAAAA